AAUUAUCAGUUAAUUUAAUGAUCAUCAGCAAUUUCAUAAAAACAUGAAAUUAUAUUCUGGUUGUAAUAUUUAUAAUAUUGAACUAGAAACGCCUUGAAAUAGUACAUAGAAACAGUCAGAAUAUAUUCUACCCCAUUUGACGGUGCAACAGUAAAUUGUUAUGACAAGACGUCAACGGUUUGAAUCUUUGUAAAACAAUCUUUACGUCUCACAUUAAAAGUGUUGCUUCCUUACACUAUGUUCCACCAUAGCAUAUGCCAAACAUGCUUGAAGAAGAUAACUAGCAUCACUCUCCGCAGAUAUAGUGUCAAAACUAACAACACCAAGUGGAAGUCGAAAAAUGUUAGGCAAGCAUUUUUGGACUUUUUCUGUCAGAAGCAUGAUCACCAGUUUGUGAAAUCUUCUUCUGUCAUACCAGGCAAAGGAGAGGGAACAUAUUUCACUAAUGCAGGGAUGAAUCAGUUUAAGCCAAUUUUCCUUGGAGCAACCCAGGACCACUCUGAGCUUCAAGCAUACAAGAGAGUAGCCAACAGUCAGAAGUGUGUACGGGUCGGGGGCAAACACAAUGACCUGGACGAUGUUGGCAGAGAUUACACACAUCACACUUUCUUUGAAAUGCUUGGCAGCUGGUCUUUUGGGGAUUAUUUCAAGCAAGAGGCAUGCAGCAUGGCCCUGAACCUGCUGGUGGGUGUGUAUGGACUACCCUUGGAAAGACUCUACUUUACCUACUUUGGUGGGGACCCCAGUCAGGAACUCAAGCCUGACCUGGAGUGCAGGGAGAUCUGGAGAGAACUUGGUGUCCCAGAGGCUCACAUUCUACCAUAUGGAAUGGAGGACAACUUCUGGGACAUGGGUGAUACUGGCCCCUGUGGUCCUUGCACAGAGAUACACUAUGACCAUUUAGGGAGCCGUGAUGCUGGUAUUCUAGUCAACACAGGCUUACAGGAGGUUGUAGAGAUAUGGAACAUUGUCUUCAUGCAGUAUAAUAGGCUUGGAGCCGGUCACCUUGUACCAUUGCCAAGCCAUCAUGUAGACACUGGUAUGGGCCUCGAGAGAAUAUGUGCAGUCCUGCAGGGAACCAGAUCUAACUACAACACUGAUCUCUUCCUGCCAAUAUUUGAUGCCAUACACAAGGAGACUGGUAUAGGUGAAUAUGGUGACAAAGUUGGCAGUGCAGACACUCAUGGACUGGACACUGCGUACAGGAUUAUAGCUGACCACACUCGUAUGGCCACUGUAUGUGUCAGUGAUGGACUGCUUCCUGGAAGGCUUGACCUACAGAACCGGCUGCGUAUGGUGUUAGACCGGGCCCUGCACCAGUGUCACCAGGUGUUGAGAGUGGAACCAGGGCUGCUCCCAAAACUUGUACAGCCAAUCAUUGACUCUCUGGGGGACCCCUUCCCUGAGGUGAGCCAGCAUGCCUCAAAGACACAAGAAAUACUGAUGGAAGCAGAAGACAGGUACCUGCUGAUGUACAGUGAUGGAAGGAAAAACUUUGAGAAGUUGAUGAGGAAAAAUCCAGAAUUGAAGUCAGUAAAUGGUGAAACAUUGUGGCGAUUGAGAGAUGGCUGGUUUGGACAUCCUAUGUCCCCCUACUAUAUAGAGAUACUGGCCUCACAGUUUGGGCUUUCAAUAGCCAGAAAUGAUAUGGAGGAUCUCAGCUCUGCCGGACAACAGGUGCCUAUAGAAGCUGAGGUACAAUAUCCGUGUUUCACUGCCGAGUUAUUGAAUGAACUGUCUAGCCGGGAGGUCCCUCCAACAGAUGAUGAUUUGAAAUAUGUCCCUGCAAUCCUGAAGUUUAAUGAGUUCCCCACUGUAACUAGCACUAUAAGCUGUCUAGUGGAUGAUGGGAACAAACUAUCAGAGAGGGUUAAUGUUGGAGAUCGGGUUGGUGUGAUUGUGGGAAAGACACAGUUUUAUGCAGAGAAAGGAGGGCAAGUUGGUGAUGUAGGCUUUAUUACAUCUGAGACAGGUGAAAUAGAGGUCAAGGACACACAGUGCAGUCAAGGUCACAUUCUUCAUGUUGGCAUUGUAACAAGAGGUCACAUGGAGAAAGGUCAAGAGCUUAAACUAGAUAUUGACCCAGAUCACCGUGUAGGCUGUAUGAGGAAUCACACUGCAACCCAUCUGCUGAAUGCAGCAUUACAUCAUGUCCUGGGCUCGGAGGUCAAACAGAGGGGAUCUCAUGUAUCACCGGGGAAACUUACAUUUGACUUCUCAUGUUCGGUAGAUGUAAAUAUAGACGACAUAUAUCGGAUAGAGAGCAUGGUCUGGUCCUGGCUUGGCAAGGGUGACCGUAUUGUGGUGGAAAGGGAGUUAACUCCCCUAAAACAUGCUCUUCAAUUGGAAGGAAUUGUCUACCUUGAGAAUGCUGUAUACCCUGACCAUGUGUAUGUAGUGACUGUGAGGGAUCCUGGCACUCAGCAGGUCAUCUCCAGGGAACUGUGUGGUGGCACGCAUGUUACAAAUAGCGAGGAGAUAGAAGAUUUCUGCAUCACCAGUCUAACGGGUCAUACCAGCGCAGUCAAGUCUGUGGUUUGUCUUACUGGGAGACAUGCUGUAAAGGCGAAACACAAAGCUGUUCAGACUGAACAAAUGUACAAAGACCUCAUAACUGAGUUGAAGAGUAACGAGGUGAAUUUGGAUAAAUGCCUUCAACUUCAAAAGGAAAUUAACGCAGUUCUAGGCAGGGCAGUUCUACCAAAGUUGGUCAAGGAUGAUCUCAAACAGAAGAUGGACUCACUGGGCACGGACAUCAACACUCUGAUUAAUAAACAUGCGUUCAUGAUCCUAGAGAAGGAGUUAACACGAAGAAUGGAUGAGCCCGGAAGUGAUAUAAUAGUUCAUUCAUUCACAGUCAAGGUUCUGCCAAAGUUGAAUAAGAUGAUGAAGAAACUGUCAGUGAGGCGGCCGUUGAUCCUCGUUGUACAAGCCACCAACAACACCAAUGCUUAUGUGUGUGUACCAAAGCACUCACCCAUCACCAGUGAUACGCUUGUACAAGAACUGUGCAAGAUGGUGCAAGGGCAGGUUACUCAACAAGAGGAAAACUACACCGUAAUUACCGUCAAGGGCGAUAACUUUGACAUGUUUCUAGAGGCAGCUAAUCGUGUACAGGCAAACUACAUCACAGAGAAGACAAGUGCCACCAAAAAUUAAACAUGGGAACAUAUAAGUGUGUUUAAACAUAUAAGUGUGUUUUGAAUUUGUGAUUUGGCCGUAGAAAAAUACUUAUGAGAUGUUAAUCCCUGACUAGCCCAAUCUUAAAUCUUAGGUUCCUGAUCAAAUUCCAGCUUUGCAAAGAAGUAUUUUUUACAAUUAGGAAGAAUAAAGCACCUUACACACUAACAUCUGUAUGAGUAUCUAAGAAUGAUUUUUUGGGGGCCUGAAAAGUUGAGUUUGUACAUACUUAAAAGUUAUGUGUUAAUUCAUAUACACAUACUGUGAUACAUUCAUUUGUUUUACUCUUACAUUAAAAGUUAAGAAAUUCUUUUUGUUUAAUGCAUUUCUGUGUCGCUUUUAGGAAAUAUGUUACUAAACAAAUGGCAAAAUAUUCAUCAAUCUGGCAGAUGAUUGGAAAUUGCAGUAUUUAGUUAAUUGCUCAUAUAGAUUGAAUUUAUAAUUCAGUUUGAAAGCAUAUAAUAUCAAAGCUGAAAUAGUUAAAAAAUUAUGUACAUGUUUGUUUAUAAUGCUUCAUGGGGCUGUUUCAUAAAGUAUCCUUGCGACAGGUUCACACAAUUGAAAAUGUCUCCUUACAGAUUACUGCUUCUAGGCUUCUAUAUGCAACAGCUUCAUGGUAUAGAUAGAGCUGACUGGAGAUCAACACACAGUAUGAUACUCACGUAGUGAAAAUCUUAUAUCAUUGUUAUUUUUUUUGUACUUUUCAUCAUUAUAUUGCAUCAAGAACAUUUGGCAUUAUUACUUAUAUGGCAGUUCAAUUUUAAAUAUUUUAUUAUAUAUGUUGCGUCAUAAUGCAGUUGAUGGUUGCUAUCAAAAAAAGAUAAUAAAAGUUUUAU